AUGAGUUCCGGGGACAACCGCAGAAUGACCUGGACAUUUCCAACGAUAAUAAUUUUCUUAUUCGUCCCCCUGAAUAUGGCGAGCUCCAAAGAAAACUCACUCCGACUGAAUUCUGCUCUCACUUGCCGAAUCGUACGUGGUCUGACAAGAGAACAACGCUCGAUAUGCCAUGAGGCCCCAGACACGGCUUCUGUUGCUUUCGAGGGCCUGCAGCUGGCUGUGAAAGAGUGUCAGCACCAGUUCCGGUGGCACCGGUGGAAUUGCUCAAGUUUGAUACUGAAGAGCUCGAAUCCUCACGCCAGCGCGUUAAUGAAACGAGGAUUCCGCGAGACGUCCUUUCUCUACGCGCUGACAGCAGCGGGUGUGGCCCAUGCAAUAGCCCGCGCUUGCGCACAAGGUCGCCUUCUCUCCUGCGGUUGUGACCAGCUGGGCUACAGGGCCUCCCACGACCCACGAGGGCGUGGGCGUAACAAGUGGGAAUGGAGCGGAUGCUCCCACAACUUGGCGUAUGGGAUUGACUUCUCGAAGAAGUUCCUGGACGUACGAGAUCAAGUAGAUGAUUUGCAGUCGAAGAUCAAUGUUCAUAAUAAUAAUGCAGGAAGAUUGAUCCUUGCAUCACACAUGGAGGUGAGGUGUAAGUGCCACGGAUUAUCUGGAAGCUGCCAGCUUCGAACUUGUUGGAGAGCCACUCCCGAUUUCAGGGUUGUUGCCACUACUAUUAAAAAACAAUAUCGUAAAGCUCUAAUGGUAGCACAAGAAGGUCUCAACAACGGCGUAUCAGUUCUGCGAGGCAGACCUCGCGGCAGAAGGAAGAGUAGAGCUAGGCCCGCACCAAAGACAAGUUUACUGUUCUUUGAAAAAUCUCCGAGCUUCUGCGAGGCGGAUCCCAAGCUCGACUCCCCAGGAACAUCGGGGCGGGUGUGUCGCAUCGGAAGGACCUCGAGGACGGGCUCCUGUGACCUCCUCUGUUGCGGGAGAGGUCACGAUCUUAUUCGGAAGUCGAGCGUUAAGCCCUGCAACUGCACGUUCCAUUGGUGUUGUAAAGUCGAUUGCCAAAAGUGUAAAGACGAUAAGUGGAUUGCUGUAUGUAAAUAGGAGCGGUAAAAUGCAAAGCAAACUCUUAAUUCUCUAAAAAUCUCUCGAGCGAUUUUCAACCCUCGGUCAUGCGUUCAAAGCCAUGUACAAAUUAAACACUUUACUAACUAACACACAAAUAA